AUGUGCAUACCCGUAGGGGUGGUGAGCAUCGGGGAACACAACGUUCAGGAGCUGAUCGUCGCCGCUGACAUGCUGCAGCUCACCGAGGUGGUAGAGCUCUGCUGCGAGUUCCUGAAGGGGCAGAUCGACCCGCUGAACUGCAUCGGCUUCUUCCAGUUCUCCGAGCAGAUCGCCUGUCACGACUUGAUGGAGUUCACCGAGAGCUACAUCCAUGCACACUUCCUGGAGGUGCAGAGCGGGGAGGAGUUCCUGGCGCUGACAAAAGAGCAACUGAUUAAGAUCCUGCGAAGUGAGGACCUGAGCAUCGAGGACGAGUACCAGGUUUUCAUAGCGGCAAUGCAGUGGAUUUUGAAGGAUGUGGGAAAAAGAAAGAAAUAUGUCGUAGAAGUCCUGGAUCCUGUUCGAUUUCCUCUGCUACCAGCACAAAGACUAUUAAAAUACAUAGAAAGUAUUCCAGAUUUCAGUCUUCGGGUGGCCCUGCAAACCCUGUUGAAAGAAUAUUGUGAAGUCUGUAAAUCUCCCAAAGAGAACAAGGUCAGCAGUUUUCUGCAAGCUUCUAAAGGUCGUCCCCGGAGGAAAGCCAGGAAGUACCUUUAUGCAGUAGGUGGGUACACCCGGCUGCAAGGAGGACGCUGGAGUGAUAGUAGAGCCCUCAGCUGUGUGGAGCGAUUCGACACCUUCAGCCACUACUGGACCACAGUGUCUUCUCUCCACCAGGCCCGGAGUGGGCUCGGUGUGGCUGUGGUGGGAGGAAUGGUCUAUGCCAUUGGAGGUGAGAAGGACUCGAUGAUUUUUGACUGUACUGAAUGUUAUGAUCCUGUUACUAAGCAGUGGAGCACUGUGGCUUCCAUGAACCACCCUCGUUGUGGACUGGGAGUGUGCACAUGUUAUGGUGCUAUAUAUGCUUUGGGUGGUUGGGUUGGAGCAGAGAUUGGCAGCACAAUUGAAAGAUUCGAUCCUGAAGAAAAUAGUUGGGAUGUGGUGGGAAGCAUGGCUGUGCCCCGUUACUACUUUGGCUGUUGUGAAAUGCAAGGUUUGAUUUAUGUUGUUGGUGGUAUCAGCAAUGAAGGAGUAGAGCUACGUUCUGUGGAAGUCUACGACCCAAUAUCUAAACGUUGGUCUGAGCUUGCUCCGAUGGGCACACGAAGAGCGUAUCUUGGUGUAGCUGCUCUCAACGAUUGUAUCUAUGCUGUGGGAGGCUGGAAUGAAGCUCAGGAUGCACUUGCUACUGUGGAGAAAUACUCCUUUGAAGAGGAAAAGUGGGUUGAAGUUGCAUCAAUGAAGAUACCGAGAGCUGGUGUCUGUGUUGUGGGUGUGAAUGGAUUUCUUUAUGCCUCAGGAGGCCGAGCUCCCAGUCAUGAUUUUGCUGCUCCGGUAACCUCUGACUCUGUUGAAGUUUAUAACCCUCAUAUGGACAGUUGGACUGAAAUUGCCAACAUGAUCACCAGCCGCUGUGAAGGAGGUGUAGCUGUGCUGUAAAACACAAUAAAGAAAACUUAUUCAAGGAAUGAGUAAAUCUGCCUCCUCAGAUUUCUGGUUUCAUUGACCAGAAACUUAAUACAGGAGCUUCAGUAGAGACAGUGGAGAACUAGAUCAGAGGGCUUUUCCUAAGCAAAAGGAAGUAUUAAAAGUCUUGCCCUUCAAAGUAAAUUGGCUUAUCCGA